AACGAGCAGUCUUCUCCCCGUUUAAUCUUUUUUCCCCCUCUCGUCUCAAAGCUCAUCGAUGCUCUUUCUCUCGUCCUUUGCCUGCCGUCCCAACUUCCUCGCCGUCUCCGAUCGCAAAACGCUCUCCCGUCGACGCCGGAGGUCCCUUCGAUUCCGUAGAAGGCCUAUGCGCUGGUGACGAUUGUGAUGUUUGUUGAUUUGUCGGAAUUGCAGAUUUGCUCGGUAAUAACCUCCUCAUUAGCCGCGGGAUGAUGAUAGGGUUCGGAAUUAUAGAAGCAAUUUUGGACUGAAAGGAUUUGUGGACGGGCAAGGUGAUUGACGUCGAACACAAGUUAUAUGGAUUAUAUAAGCUGGAUGCACCUACAUCAUCAUCAUCAUUUUUGACUCUGGAGCUACUAAGAAUGGUAGACACCAAAGCUAUUGGUAAAAGAUGGGAGGAAAUGGAAACUGAUGUCUUAGUGAAAAUUUUCAAGGAGUUAAAUAUGAUCCAACUUACUCCAGUUUCUUUGGUGUGCCGUUCUUGGCGUUUGGCUUGCUCAGAUCCAUUCAUAUGGAACACACUUGAUCUAGGGCUUUUGGAAUCCAACUUUAUCCAGACAAGGGCAUUGCCUUUUAUUUGGGUAGAUGAAAGAUCUGACCGGAGGUUGACACGAAUUUUGAGGAUGGCCAUGGCUCUUAGUUGUGGGAACAUCACGACUAUGAUAUUUCAUUUCAAUCUUUAUAUGAAGGAUGAACAUCUUAAUUACAUCUCAGAGAGGUCUCCCCAUGUUAGAAGAUUAGUCAUGCCAGCUUGGAACCGUAUUACAAGAGUUGGAUUAGUGCAAGCCAUCCGGAGGUGGGAGGAUCUGGAAUCCCUGACAAUGCCCAGCAUUGGCCAUCCUUCUUAUAUAAUGGAGGAAAUAAGUAGGAGCUGCAAAAACUUCUCACACCUUAAGGUGAUGGGAACAUUUGAUGUCCACUUUGCCUCUUGCAUUGCAAUGCAUCUCCCAAAGCUGAAAGUACUCAGUCUGCGGUGCUCUAUAGUCACGAAAGAAGCAUUGUUGUUCAUCUUAAAUUGCAUGGUGAAUCUGGAGGUGCUCAACAUCUCCCACUGCCUCUUACUUGAAUCCCUCGUUUCAGGACGGAGACAGAUUCGAUCAGAACUAGACCAGACCAUUUUUCAGAAGGCUUCGCGCAUGCGCGAUUUCUUGUAUUGCCAGAGCAGCUCUUGCAUUGCGUGCAGGAGGAUGAUUGAAGAUGAAGGUCUGAUGAGAUGGUACCGGUAUGAGGCCUGGUUCUGGCGCCAAGAUGAGGUGAGCUCUCUUGAUCUGGGGGAGUAUGGCAGGUUGUUUGAUAAGAACUGUGUUGACAGAUUGCUUUCUUCUGAUAUUAAUUUUUGAGAUUGUUUUUGUUUGUCAGAAGAUUUUCAAAUAUCUGUAUUACUGUUGUAAUAAAACGAAUAAUAUUGUGGUAGGCACGUUUGUUGUG